AUGCUACAUCUUGCGGAACUUCCGCAAUUUGAUCAACAACACGGCCAAUCUGCUCGUGCACGUGGUUUUCCCCGUGCAGUGCUGCUCUCUCUCAACUGCAGCGCCAUCGCGGGCCGCAUUCUCCUCACUGGGUUGAACACUCACUACCGAGCGACGUCGAAGCCUUACUCGGCAAGUGGUUUGACUGGCUCGUGUAUCUUGGAUGCUAACGUCACCACGUACCAAACCUUCUCCUUUUUCUUCCGCGUUAUGGGCGUACCUUACACGUCGGAGCCGACGUUUGACACGCCUGG